AUGUCUUCACCCGCAAACACUGAAGCCUCACAAGAUCUAAAUCGAUCGCUCAUCGAUUUUGACGAAACUCAAGUUCGCACGCCAUGUGCGAGCAACUCCAACCAAGUGAACAAUGAUUUAAAAACGGAACAAAUUUACAACGUGGGCAGGCAUACAAUAACCCCGUUCAUGGAAGAUGCUCCUGAUCUAUGGUUCCUGUUGAUUGAGACAGAGUUUCUUGGAGAUAGGAUCAAAUCCGACCAUGCGAAGUAUACGGCGGUAUUGCGUGCUCUGGACAGGUCUACUUUACACCUGGUAAGCGAUGUGUUGCGAAAUCCGCCAACCGAAAAUAAAUACAACACGUUGAAGAGCAUAAUCCUAGACCGAGUAUCCGAGUCGAGGUCAAAGCAAGUAGACAAAUUGUUAACAAACGUUGUCCUAGGUGACAAAAAGCCAUCCCAGCUACUACGGGAAAUGAUUGACCUGGCUCGGAGUGAAAUCUCGGAGGAUAUCAUCCAUAAACUUUGGUUGGACAGACUCCCACAACACAUCCGGCCUCUACUGCUUGUAUCGAAAAACAUUGGGCUACAAGCCAUUGGCGAGAUGGCAGACAGGCUUGUAGAUACUUGUGGACUGCCAUCAUCGGUGAUGGCCACAGCGAGCAGAGCACCUGAACCAAGAAGUGACCGCACCCAAGAAAUUCUGCUUGCCAUGAUGCAGAAACUAAAUGCCUUGACGACAGAAGUGGAGAAUUUAAAACAUAGCAGAGAACAUGACGAGAGAAGCAGGACCAGAAGUCACUCCAGGCACAGGAGAGGGAGAUCAAAGACGCCGUCCAAAUCACAGCUAUGCUUUUACCAUAGCAGGUUUGGAGAGAAGGCUACCAAAUGCAUAGAACCCUCUAGCAAGUUUGCAACCGGUCGUGCCAAGGAAGAGAUUGUUCUGUAUGCAGCCAAUUCCAGCCGAAUAUCCACCUAUGGAAAGCGGACUCUCGAGCUGGACCUUUCGCUGCGCAGACCCUUCACUUGGCAAUUCACAGUAGCAGAUGUGGCAACAGCCAUAAUCGGUGCAGACUUGCUAAGCUACUACAAUCUACUAAUAGACCUGAAAGGCAAAAGACUAAUUGAUUCAACGACAGGCUUAGCCUCUGAUGGCAAAGUGCUGAAGACCCAGAACAUUAACAUUUCCACAAUUAACCCACACCAACCUUUCAGAAGCUUACUAAACAAAUAUAUAACAAUCACUAGAACGCCACAGAGACUAACAAUUAAACCAUCUCCUUUCGCACACAGGAUUACCACAACAGGUCCACCAGUUGCUGCCCGGUUCAGGAAGAUUUUUGGCGAAAAAGCAUCAGCUGCAAAAGCCGAGAUACAAAAUCUCCUGAACAGGGGCAUUUUGAGACCUUCAAGCAGUCCGUGGGCAAGUCCAAUACAUAUGGUAUCAAAAAAGGAUGGAUCUUAUAGACUCUGUGGUGACUAUAGAAAACUUAAUUCAAGCACGCAACCAGACAAAUAUCCUCCUCCACUAAUCAGUGAUGUUUUUACAAACCUGCACAAUAAAACAAUUUUUUCAACAAUAGAUCUUGCAAAAGCGUAUCAUCAGGUGCCGAUGCAUGAAGAGGACAUACAGAAGACUGCCAUCAUAACUCCAUGGGGAUUAUAUGAGUACCUCUGCAUGCCUUUUGGACUGAAGAAUGCCACUCAGACAUUCCAGCGCUACAUAAACCACAUAUUCCAAGACAUUGACUUUGUGUUUAUAUAUGUGGAUGAUAUUCUGGUUAUGUCUGAGAACAUGGAGCAACACCAUCGCCACCUGCAGAUAGUUUUUGAGCGUUUGCAAGAACAUUCUCUAACCAUCAACACCAACAAAUGCGUCCUAGGCAAGUCCCAAGUAGAUUUUCUGGGUUACAAGCUCAGUGAGUAA